AUACAGUUUCGUGAAGGUCGAACAAUGAAUUAUGCUGGACGUAAGCCAAUGAAACCGCUCAAUCAACUGAAGAAUAUUCACAAUGAACACUACGCUAAACUUCAGAAUAAACACGCCACAGAAACUGACUUGUUGGAUGACUUGAGAAUGUACUGUAAACAAAGAGCAGUCAUUGAACGCGAAUAUGGACAAUCAUUACAAAAGCUUGUAAACAGCUUUUUAUCUAAGAAAGAAUUUGUAUCGUCUACAUCUUCAAAGAAUGAUAUGCUAUUGUCUAGCAAACAACCAACUGUUUGGCACAUAUGGCAUUCAUUAUUAACGGAGUCGAACAGUUUAGCUUUAUCUCGAUUACGUGCAUCAGAUAAUCAGCAAAGAUUGUCGAAUGAACUUAAACCGUUAAAAUCUCAACGUUUAUCAGUUAACAAACGCGUAUUUGAACAACUGAAAAUACUUCAGGGAGAUCUUGCUGCAUGUGUUCAAGAAAUGGUGAAGUCACAUAAAGUUUAUGCAGAGGAAGAGAAACAAGCACAAGAAACUCGUUUAAAAACACUCGCUGCUCGAGAAAAGAUUCAGCGACGAUCUACUGAUAUAUUUCAUUCUAUGGCACAGUUACACAAAAAUUAUGAUAAGCUUUUAGGUAAACGUCAAGCAUUUGAUGCACGAUCGGCUACUGCAAAAAAUGAAUAUUUAUUUCAAUUAACAGCAAUCAAUGCUCAUUUAAAGCAUUACUUUAGCGAGGAUUUACCAGUUUUAGCAAAAACAUUAGACGGUGAAUUAUACGAAAAGAUGGGAGAAGCCUUCACAACGCUUUGUGAAAAUGAGAUUGAGUUUUGCACAAAUACACAAAAACGAUUUGACGCCUUACUCAAGGAAGCAUCACAUAUUAAUCGAAUCAAUGCCUGGGAGGAUUUUUUGAAGUCUUCACCGCAUUUUGAUAAGCCUGUUCAAUAUCACUUUGAGCCAAUGAAAGGAGAUGAGACAACAGUAUUAUACUCUGGUAAUAUAAAAGAAAGUAAUUUGGAGCAAAUUGCACGUAAGCUAUCAAGGCGAUUAGUUGUGCGUGAACGGAGAAUCAAAUCUUAUGAGAAUGAAUUGAAAAUGUUACAAGCUGGUUAUGUAUCUUCACUGUCUGGCAUAGUUACUCCACAUCAACAAUCACAAUCACAUCAAAUGCAACAGAAUACUUCAGAAACUGAAAAUAAUGAAGAAUUAUUAGCAUUCAAUCAGGAGUAUGUUGAGCAUAAAGUUGAAGAAUUACAAUUCGCUAUACGUCGAGAAGAGAUUGAACGUGUAAAAAUAGAAGCUUGUUUAUCGUUAUUGCGUAAUUCAUCAAUUGAGGUCAACAAUUUCAUUGUUGAAGCUCGAAUAGCCGCUGAAGCAGCUGCCGCUGCAGCUGCAGCUGCGCAAUUUCAUAAUGAAAAUUCAAGUUCUGGUCUACUGAAUGAUUCUACCUCGAAUAGACGACCGAAUAUUCGACCAUCGGGUGAAGGCAGCAGUGAUAGUGCAGCUAGUAGUUCUGGUGUCAACCAGUUUAUUGAUCAUGACUCAAGACUACUGAGUGAUUGGGAUCGACCAGUCGGAUCUUAUGGUUCUGGAAUAAUUGGUCGUGAUUCAGCCUAUCCGGUCCAUAGAAGUUUUAACGAUGACGAUGGCGAUGAUGAUGAUACUACUGGUCAAUUUUACAGAAGUAGAAUUAAUGAUUGGUCCUCUACAUUUCCCAGACCGACAACUCUUGGCCAAGUGAAUAAUUCCAGUGAGAAAGGUUAUCAUUCCACGUAUAAAUCACCACUACAGACAAAUACAAAGAUUACCUAUCCUAAUCAUAUUAACUCAGCCAAUAUUGACUCUAUUGGCUCUAUAAAACAUGAUUAUCAGAAUGUUAACCAUAUGAAUCCACGAACUCGUGAUGAUAUAGCUAUCCACCGAUCAGUUAAUAAUAACUUUUAUAAUGGACAAAAUUAUCACAAUACUACUACUACUACUACUAAUAGUAAUAAUAAUUCAGUUAGUCAUCAUACCUCAAUAAUUCGUGUUGCUAGUUCAGACAAUUUUACAGAUAAUAAUAAAGAUGAUGUUGAUUUUGAGGCUGUUUGGUCUGAAAAUGGUCGAUUACGUCGAGCUAAUGUAGUUCAUGAGUUUAGAGCUAAAAAACCAAAUGAAUUAGAUCUUGUUGUACAUGAAACUGUCGUUCUUUUAGAAGAUGAACACAAAAAUGGAUGGAUUAAAGUGAGAAGUUUAAUCGAUGGAAAUGAAGGUUUAGUUCCUUUCAGCUAUUUAAAACUGUGCAAUCCUCAUGUAACUGUUGAAGAUCACAAGGUAUAUAAAGACAACAAUAAUAAUAAUUUCAUGCAGCUUAAUAACGAAAAUGAAAAGAAGUCAUCUAACUCAGCCGUCCUUCCUGAAAAUACUGAUCAUAAUUAUCUAAAUAAAACAAAUCAACUUGAUUUGGUAAAUACUUCUCUUCCUCCAGAAAUCGACGCACCCCGUCUUUCAUGCACAGAUGAACUUCUAGUAAAUGAGUCCACUAGUAAUUUAAUUACUCAACCACCACUAUCUGGUUCUUUUGUAAAAACAUUGAUUGACUUUCAUGGAACUAAUAUAGAUGAGUUAAGCUUUAAAGCUGGUGCAAUUAUUCGUGUAAUAGGUCGUGCACCUAAUAUCAAUGAUUUAAUUAACUCAUCAUCUGCAACAACAACUAAACGAGAUCAGCUGACUUCAAUGUCCAAUUCUGGUAUUGAUGAUGGUUGGUGGGAAGGAGAUCUUCUACUGCCUGCAGCUGUUGAAGAUAAAGGAAAGCAAAAGUAUUAUUCUCAAAGAGGAGUUUUUCCGUCUAUGCUUGUACAACCUCUACCAUCAAGUGAUUCUACACUGUGGUCUGUCCGAUGGGAUGAUAUUUCACCAAUUCCAACAGGUUAUUCUAUAGAAGCAAAUCAAAAUGUACAACAGUCUCACACAAUACCAGAUUGUCAUCAUGAUGAUAUCAAAAAGGAUAAAAAAUGUAAACAUACUGAUGAAGAAGAUUAUAUCAGAUUGUAUGCAAAGGAAUUACCUUCAUCUAGUUCAAGUCGAGUGAAUAAACUGAAUGGUGAAGGUUUCUGUUUAUCAGAAAAUGUAGAACCACCUGUAUCCUUGUCUUCACCUGAAGCAAAACCUUCAUUGUCUAGUAAUACUGUAACAAAUCGACAACCACAUCAUAGUAAUCAUUGUACACAUCAUCGUCACAAACAUUGUAAGGCAGAUGAAAAGAUUCCAAUUGCUGAAGUUUAAUCCAAAAUUGAGAUUUCAAGAUACAAUGUCAAAUUAAAUAUACAUUUAUUUUUUACACUUUUGUUUAGGAAAUAUGUGCAAUAUUAUUAUAAUACUGUUUUUGUUUAAACUUAUCCUAUGCAAUGUUUCAAUUUUCCAUUUUAUAUAAAAACAUUCUUUACGCCAAUGUAUUUAUGUAUGACAUAUUUAUAAAUUUCAAUUAGGAUGAAUUCAUUCUCAGUGCUUCAUUUUAUAAAUGUUGUCUGAUUGAUUAUAUGCAUUUACUACUUUAACUUUCAACUAUUAAAAAUAAAGUGGUCACAUUUUAGCCUUAUAUAUAUAUACAUUACAAAUAAUGAACUAAAGAAUGUUCAAUUAAUAUUGCGAAAACUUCCUUGUAACUGUCUAAAAUAUGUAUCUUUUUGAUAAUUUAAUCUUUAGCUUUUAUCUUAUCUGAUGUA